AUGAAGCAGAACCUGCCUCUCCUUUGCCUAAGCAUAGUGCUCGCGAGGGCCCAAGAUCCCAGGAUUCGUGCCCUCCCGUCCGACUCCGUUCAGCUCACUCCAGAGGACAUCAGUGAUUUCUCCGCCUUAGACUUUGGAGAUGAAGACAUAGCCUCCCUAGAGGGUAUUGACUUCCCCAGCUGUAAAGUCUUCCCAGGCGACCAAGGUUGGCCGUCUGAGACAGAGUGGGCUCAGCUAAACGACACUCUCGAUGGCGCCCUCUUACAGCCGAAACCGCCAGCCGCCGUUUGUUACUCGGGGCCUGAUUUCAACCCGGAGCAGUGUCAGUUUCUCAUUAGCAACACGUCGGCUUCGCAUUACUGGCUAGACCAGCCACUCACUUCACUGACAGAAUGGCCUCAAGGCCAGACAUGCAUGAUCUCUUCGGACCCCCAGGGCAACUGCACUCGAGGAGGGUUUCCUGAGUAUGUGGUCAACGUUACGAACGUGAAACAUAUCCAGGCGGCAGUUAACUUCGCCAGAAACAAGCAGAUUCGGCUCGUUAUCAAGAAUACCGGACAUGACUUUGGCGGAAGGUCCCUGGGAGCAGGAUCCAUUAGCGUCUGGACGCAUCACCUCAAGGAGAUGGAGUUUCUCCCUUCGUAUACGAUCGGCCCAUACAGUGGCAUGGCUGUUCAAUUUGGAGCCGGCGUUGAGUCGUGGGAAGAGCAUAACUUCAUGGCAGAACAUAACAUUUCGGUAGUCUCGCCUGGGUGUUCUACAGUAGGGGGCGCCGGUGGUUGGAUGAGCUCGGGAGGCCACACCACCAUCACCUCCAAGGUUGGCCUGGGGGUCGACCAAGUGCUUUCUCUCGGAGUCGUAACUGCUGCUGGGAGAUUUGUUACCGCCGAUCCAUUCACUAACACAGACUUGUUCUAUGCCAUCCGGGGCGGCGGUGGAGCUACUUACGGUAUAGUUACCUCCAUCAUCUAUAAGGCAUAUCCGCCAAUAAGACAAACGUCAUCUUCGCUCAAUCUUAUUCUGGCCAACCCUUCCAAUGCGACCACGCCGCCCCCAGGUACGGUCACGGACGCCGAUACAUUCUGGCAGGGUGUCAGUGCAUACUACAGAUUCGCUGCUAGUAUCCUCGACGUUGGCGGUUUCGGCUUCAGCUACAUCUAUCCGCAAGAAAACAACGGGUUCCGAUUCACCACGAGCUCGCAGUUCUCCGACUUCACCCGCGACGAGGUCGUCGCCUUCAUGCAGCCCCUCUACGACGACCUGCAGCAGCGCCUCGGCAUCAACCUCACGAACCCGACCUCGCUCUUCACCGGCGUCUACAACUCGCCGGGCGGCAGCGGAGCGAGCGGGCCCGCCCCAGGCAACACGCGGUACCGGUCACGGCUGCUGCCGCGCGCGAACUGGGACGACGACGCGCUGUGGACGCGCACGAUGCGGGCGAUCCGCGCGGCGACGGAGGGCGGCUUGGAGCACGACUUCUACUUCCACGGCACGCUGACUUCGCCGACGGCGGAGGUGGCGGGCUGGCCCGGCCGCGACGCCGCCGUCAACCCCGCCUGGCGCAGCAACCGCAUGCACGCGAUGCUCAUGGACAUGGCGCCCGCGCAGUCGAGCGCGCGCGACGCCACGAUGCAGGGAUACAUGGACCUGCUGCGCGAGGUGUCGCCCGACGCCGGGUCGUACAUGAAUGAGGGGGACCCCGGGGAGCCCGACUGGCAGCAGGCGUUCUAUGGGACGAAUUACCCGCGCCUGCUAGGGAUCAAGCGGGCGCGGGAUCCGUGGGGCGUGUUCUGGGCGCCGACGACGGUGGGGAGUGAGGGGUGGGAGGUCAGGGCGGUGGAUGGGUAUGCGAUGUCGCAGAAUGGGAGGUUGUGUCGGGUGGGGUAG